AUGGCCUGGGUGCUCAAGAUGGACGAGGUGAUCGAGUCCGGGUUGGUGCACGACUUCGACGCCAGCCUCUCGGGCAUCGGGCAGGAGCUGGGCGCCGGUGCUUACAGCAUGAGCGAUGUGUUGGCAUUACCCAUUUUCAAGCAGGAAGAUUCCAACCUCCCAUUGGAUGAUGAAAGUAAACACCCUCCUUUUCAGUAUGUGAUGUGUGCUGCAACAUCGCCAGCAGUAAAACUGCACGAUGAAACACUCACUUACUUGAACCAAGGUCAGUCUUACGAAAUUCGGAUGCUGGAUAAUCGGAAAAUGGGAGAUAUGCCUGAGAUUAGUGGGAAAAUGGUAAAGAGCAUCAUAAGAGUUGUAUUCCAUGACAGACGGCUACAAUAUACAGAGCAUCAGCAACUUGAAGGUUGGAAGUGGAACCGCCCAGGAGACAAACUUCUCGACUUAGAUAUCCCAAUGUCUGUGGGAAUAAUUGACACAAGGACAAACCCAAGCCAGUUAAAUGCUGUUGAAUUUCUGUGGGACCCUGCAAAACGCACAUCUGCUUUCAUUCAGGUACACUGCAUCAGCACAGAAUUUACUCCACGCAAGCAUGGAGGUGAAAAAGGAGUGCCCUUUAGAAUCCAGGUGGACACCUUUAAGCAGAAUGAAAACGGGGACUACACGGAUCAUCUACACUCAGCUAGUUGCCAAAUCAAAGUGUUUAAGCCGAAAGGAGCAGACAGGAAACAAAAAACAGACCGAGAGAAGAUGGAGAAGAGAACAGCCCAUGAAAAAGAAAAGUAUCAGCCAUCUUAUGAUACCACAAUUCUCACAGAGAUGAGGCUUGAGCCUAUAAUUGAAGAUGCAGUUGAACAUGAGCAGAAAAAGUCCAGCAAGCGGACUUUGCCAGCAGACUACGGUGAUUCUCUGGCAAAGCGAGGCAGUUGUUCUCCGUGGCCUGAUAUGCCCACAGCCUAUGUGAAUAACAGCCCCUCUGCCACCUCCACCUUCACUUCCCCCCCGCAGAGCACCUGCAGUGUCCCAGACAGCAAUUCUUCUUCCCCAAAUCAUCAGGGAGAUGGAGUUUCACAGGCCUCUGGUGAACAACUUCAGCCUUCAGCCACAACCCAGGAAACACAGCAAUGGCUGCUCAAAAACCGAUUCUCUUCCUACACAAGACUGUUUUCCAAUUUUUCAGGUGCCGACUUACUUAAACUGACAAAGGAGGAUUUAGUACAAAUUUGUGGUGCAGCUGAUGGAAUUCGGCUCUAUAAUUCACUGAAGUCAAGGUCAGUUAGGCCUCGCUUAACCAUCUAUGUCUGCCAGGAACAGCUGAGCACCUCACCGCUGCCAGGGCAGCAGCAGGCUGCAGGCAGAGGCAGCGAGAAUGGCAGUUGUACACCCUAUGUUUAUCAUGCAAUCUACUUGGAAGAAAUGGUGGCCUCAGAAGUUGCUCGAAAACUUGCGUUGGUGUUUAAUAUUCCUUUGCACCAAAUUAAUCAUGUUUACAGACAGGGUCCCACUGGUAUUCACAUUCUUGUCAGUGAUCAGAUGGUUCAGAACUUUCAAGACGAGAGUUGUUUUUUAUUCUCCACAGUUAAAGCUGAAAAUGGUGGUGGUGUCUACAUAAUUUUAAAAUGA